AUGGUGGCCAAUUUUCUUUCUCGCGGGCUAUUGCUCGUGCAGCUUUUUGCAGCUCUGGCUUUAGGAAAGGACUCAGCGCCGAUUUACAAAGAUGCUAAUGCGCCGGUGGAAAAGAGAGUCAAGGACUUGUUGGGUCGGAUGACGAUCGAGGAUAAAAUGUCUCAAUUGAUUCAAGGCGAUAUCACGAACUGGAUGAACUCCACCUCGGGAGAAUUCAAUUACACCGGUCUGGUGGCCAACAUGGAGAUGAAGGCGGGCAUGUUUUAUGUUGGAUAUCCCGUGGCUUGGGACUGGAUUGCGGAUAACAUCAAGAGAGGCCAGGACUAUCUAAUUCAGAACACCACUCUUGGAAUCCCUGCAAUAGUUCAGACUGAAGGUAUUCACGGAUUCUUGAUUGGCAAUGCUACGAUCUUCAACUCGCCCAUUGCAUAUGGAUGUUCUUGGAACAGAGAUCUUAUUGAAAAAAUGGGCAAGAUCAUUGGCCAAGAAGCCAAAGCCCUCGGUGUCAACCAACUAUUUGCUCCAGUUGUUGACCUCGCUCGUGAGCUUCGAUUCGGCCGUGUCGAAGAAACCUUCUCCGAGGACCCCUUCCUCGCAGGUGAAGUCGGUUACAGUUAUGUCAAAGGUGUGCAGAGCAAGAAGGUCUCGUCGAUGGUGAAGCACUUUGCAGGCUUUAGUAGCCCCGAGCAAGGAAUAAACACCGGCCCAGUUCACGGUGGUGAGAGAGAAUUGCGCACAACAUGGUUGCCACCUUUUAAGCGAGCCAUCAUUGAUGCGGGUGCCUGGUCUAUCAUGGCUGCAUAUCACUCAUAUGAUGGAAUUCCCGCCGUUUCCGACUAUCACACCCUCACUGAGAUUUUGAGAGAGGAAUGGGGCUAUGAAUACUUCGUCAUGACUGAUGCAGGUGGUAGCGACAGAAUUUGCAGCUACUUCAAGCUCUGCGAGAGCAAACCAAUUGACAUGGAUUCAGUCACUACACAGCUGCUGACUGCUGGAACUGACGUUGAAAUGGGAGGUGGUUCGUUCAAUUUCCAAAAAAUCCCCGAGCUCGUCAAGUCUGGGGACCUCGACAUUUCAGUUGUCAACACUGCGGUUUCUCGAUUGCUCAAAGCCAAGUUUGAGAUGGGUCUGUUCGAGAACCCGUACCCUGCUGCCCCAGAAAAGCAAUGGAAGAAGCUCAUUAAUAGCCCUGAGGCUGUAAAGCUUUCCAGGGACUUGGAUAAGGAGUCAAUUGUGCUGUUGGAAAACCAUGACGCGACUUUGCCUUUGAAGAAGUCAGGUAGCAUUGCGGUCAUUGGGCCUAUGGCUCAUGGUUUCAUGAACUACGGUGACUAUGUCGUUUAUAAGAGUCAGUACCGGGGUGUCACUCCCCUUGACGGUAUCAAGGCUGCUGUUGGCGACAAGGCCCAGGUCAACUAUGCCCAGGGAUGUGAGCGAUGGAGCAACGACCAGUCAGGCUUCGAGGCCGCAGUCGAGGCCGCAAAGAAUUCCGACGUGGCUGUCGUGGUUGUUGGAACUUGGUCGCGCGAUCAAUUUGAGCUUUGGCAAGGAUUGAACGCAACCACUGGUGAGCAUGUCGACGUAGACGACCUGUCUCUUGUCGGUGCCCAAGCGCCUCUGAUCAAGGCCAUUGUCGACACGGGUGUCCCAACAGUCGUCGUUCUCUCAAGCGGCAAGCCCGUCACAGAGACCUGGCUAUCAAAUGGCACCUCUGCUCUAGUUCAGCAAUUUUAUCCAGGCGAGCAGGGCGGUAACGCUCUUGCUGAUGUCCUCUUCGGCGACUACAACCCAUCCGGCAAGCUCUCAGUCAGCUUCCCACGCUAUGUGGGCGACCUUCCAAUCUUCUACGACUAUCUGAACUCCGGCCGCUCAAUCGGCGACCAGGGCUACGUUGCAGCCAACGGUACUUUGGUCUUCGGCCACCAGUACGUUCUCGGAAGCCCAACACCGUGGUACCCCUUCGGCUAUGGCAAGAGUUAUUCCACUUUCAAGUAUGGAACUGUCAGUGUCGACCGGAGCAAGAUUUCUGCAUCUGAUAGCACCGUUACUGUCAGUGUUGAUGUGACCAACACUGCCACCCGCGACGGCACGGAGGUCGUGCAGGUUUACAUUUCGGAUGACAUUGCUUCUGUUGUUGUUCCGAAUCGCGCCCUUAAGGGCUUUGAUAAGGUUUUCAUCCCUGCUGGAAAGACGAAGACAGUUAAGAUUCCUAUCAAGGUGGAGGAUAUCGGUGUGUGGAACUCUCGUAUGAAGUAUGUUGUUGAGCCCGGUAGCUUCACGGUGCUUGUUGGUAGCAGCUCCGAGGAUAUUCGGGGGAACACGACAUUGACUGUUCGAUGA